UUUAAACUUGGAGGUUGGAGCUUGGAACUUGAAAGUUGAAACCAUACUCAUAUUUUAUUCCCUUUCUUCACUGGCAAGGGGUAAGCUAGCUAGGCAAGAAAACCAGAAAAAUCCAAGAAGAAACAGAGCGUUAGUCUGCAACAAUUGGGUUGUUCUUACCUCAGCCUCAUCUAUCCCUUUCUCCCUGUCCUUUUCACGUUCUUGGUUGGUUGCUUUCUUUUUCCAGCUUUUGUAUAGUCUUGUUGAUGAAUGCUUGUAUGGUUGACGCCUGCUCAAUCAUCCAAUCAAGAGUUCAUCAGUUCGGUGGAGUUGAGUUCAUGUACAAGUUCAAGAUCCUUUUUUUUAUGAGAGUAGUGGUAUGAUUUGAUUUUGCUGAAGAAUAUGAUGGAGGACAAGCAAUUGAAUCUAAGCCGACCACUUCUUUCUGUGAGACGCCACACAUCAACCGUAGCCUCAGAAAAAGAUAGCAAAAAGAAUGAUCAAAGUUCAAUCUCAAGUGUUACUCGACCUCCUCCAUUUUACAAAUCGGAAUUAAAAUCAGGCCCAGUGAGGAAUGCAGGUACAGUGCCAUUUGUCUGGGAACAGAGCCCUGGGAUGCCUAAGGAUGAGAGGACGCUUGAAACUCACACAGAAAGGCCACCAGUUGCACCAAAGCCUCCUCCUGGAAGAGUUUUGAAAGCUAACCAACAAGAUAAUGAUAAUUCUUCCAAAAAAUUAACUGUCAAUAAAAGCCAAGUUGGGAAUCCCCAGGGCUCGCAGAGUGCCUCAGAGUUGGGUGAUAGCAGUAGAAGGUUUAAGAUUACUGAGGAUACAGUGGAGGAAGCACAUGAAAGAAAAGAUGAUUCAGAGGAUGAGGAUGAAGUCUUUGAAGAUGCCCUGGAUACGCUCUCAAGGACCGAAUCAUUUUUUGUGAACUGCAGUGUGAGCGGCAUAAGUGGAUUAGAUGACUUGGAUGCAAUGCCAUCUGGAACAUUCUCUACUGAUCCUCAGGCUCGAGACUUCAUGAUUGGUCGGUUUCUGCCUGCAGCCAAGGCAAUGGUUUCAGAAACACCUCAAUAUGCUCCUGCUCCAAAGAAACGACCAGUGGUUCAAGACAAUCCUAGGCAACUGAAGAAGGUAGUAAAUGCAGAUAACCGACCUCAGCUUAGGUAUGGACCUACUUUUGCAAAACAUUAUUCAGAAUUCCAUGACAAUGGAGAAGAAGAAGAAAGUGAUGAUGACUAUGUUGAACAUGAAAAUGUUCCAUCCAAAGUCUGUGGAUUACUGCCCCGAUUUUGCUUAAAGAGUCGUCUUUUAAAUCCUCUACCCGGGAUGAGUGUGAGGACUAGGACACCCAUGUCUCCCACGACAAGGAUGCAGGCUAGAUCUUCUUCUGCUAGUACUUGCAGCAAAACUGAAAAUGAGCUGUCUAGUGUUGAUACGAGUGAGCAAAGAUCAAUUGAUGGAUCCCAAACAGCUGGGCUUCAUGAAGGGAAGAACGAUUUGAAUGUGAAGUCCAGUCAAAUCUCUUUGAAGUCUCAGAAAUCUGAAAAAUCAUUGGCCAACGGGCAUGGUGGUGUGUCAAGCCAUUACAAUGAAUCACCUGCAUCAAUUGACCAAAGAGCUUUCCCGGUCAUUCCUGUUGAACCACAGGAUGCUAGUGUUGAUGGUUGCAGCUCUGAUGAGAAGAGUUACAGAAGCUUUAGGGACUUGUUGGCUGAUCAGAGCCCCUCUGAGGAAGUAAAUUCAGCAAGUCCUGCAGUUGAGAAAACUCUCUACGUAGAUACCGUGCAUAAAGGUGAAUCUCCUAAGAAAACAUGUUCUUUGGGUAUGAAAGGGCUUUCAAUUGAAAGAGAAACGAAUGAUGAAAUUUUACGCUCAGUAGAUUCUUCGCUCAUUGACCAUUUAAGCAUUGCUGAUGGAGGAGAUCCAUUAAAGACAAUUUCUCGAAAACCCCUUGACUUCAGUCUCCUUCCUUUGGCUGAUGAAUCCAGUCAAAAGAUCGAAAAGGAUAAUCGAAAGGCUUUUGGAGAAGAUCAAAAGCUUUACCAGGACAGAGUUGAUUCAAAAAUUACACAAGUGCCUGUCAAGCUAACUACUCAAACUUUAGGAAAGCAUACUGCCAAAGCAGAAAUAGUGGUAAAUUACCAUGGAAUCUCUGCCGAGUUUCCUGCUCCUCCACCAUUACCAAAAUCUCCAUCAGAUUCUUGGCUUUGUCGCACUUUGCCUUCCAUGUCUUCAAAGAAUUCAUCUAUACUUUCGCAUUUUGGGACUGGAAUGAAUCCAAGAAAUCAGGUUUCCAAGACACAAUCUGCUGAUCCCAAAUGGGAAACAAUAGUUAAAACAACAAAGGUUCAUCACCAUCAUUUGAGAUACUCUGAGGAGUUUCUAGCACCUAUACCAGAAAGCUAGAGAAAUCUUUCGUCAAGUCCUCUGCUUCAUGCUUCUGCUUCCUAUAUUCAUUAGUUUUCUGGCUUCAAAGGUCCUUGAUGGUACACAUAAUUUUCUGUGGGUUUAACUUUCCCAUCUUUUCCUCUGAGAACAGUAUAAGAUUCAAUUCUGCAAGUAAUACUCAAGACAAACACUGUGUGUAUAGUGAUUAGCAGAUUCAAAAAAAUCGAUACACGCUAUGCCCUGAGGGUUCUGUAAAUAGCAUCAUUAAUUUUUGCAGCACUACCCAAUAAGAAAGGUUCUGUGGGAAAAUUUACAUGCUC